UAAUUAUGUGAGAAUUUACUCUUCACUCAGAAGUAGAAGGGAUAGCGUGUAAAAUGUUGAAGAUUUUAAUAAUUUGUGCUUGUGUUUGUAAUGUGUUUUGUUAUUUCACAUUGCUGGGAAAAUGUCCAGAGAAUUUGAAGGUCCAGGAGGAAUUCAGACUUGCUGAUUUUUUUGGCAAAUGGUACCAAAGCUACCACUACUCAAGCGACGGGCAGUCUAAAAACAACUGUUCAGUGCUGGAGCUGGUGACGAAGCCGACUGGAAUUUAUCUGAACCAGUCAAGGAUCGACCGAGGCUUGUUCCAGCGAUACAGUAUGGGGAAACUGGAAAUACCAACUAAAAUCGAAGAUGCUGCUAAACUUGAUCUUACCUUUGUGUUUGAUAAUGCUCCUAGAAGAUUGAGAACUAGGAGAUAUCCUUUUUACGUUAUAGCUACGAACUACAACUUUUAUGCCACAAUUUACACCUGCGAAUACAGUCCAUUGAUCAAUAAACAUUUCAUCUACGUAUGGAUCCUGUCGAGAAAUCAAAUCUUGAACGACGUAUCCAAGGAUCUUGCUGUUAAACCACUAAGCCAAAUUGGACUGGAUGCAUCAAAAUUAACAAUGGAUGAAUUUUCAAAGUGUAAUCCGAAAUAUUAUACUGAUGAACCGACUGAGCCAAUGACGUUUAGGUACCCAGUGCCUAUUUAAUCAAGGUCUCUCAUUAAACCAAUAAAACUUU